UGACCAAAGUUGAGAGACAAUGGAUGAGCUCACCAUCCUCUUGUGCAUUGCGCUCUCCAUUCCUCUCAUCAUCUUCUUUAUGCUCAAACGUCAUGGCGGGCGCCAGAAACUCCCACCUGGUCCGCCAGCCCUGCUGUUCAUAGCCAAGUUGUUGUUGAUGCUUAAGAGCCCGAUCUACCAUUUGGGCCCUGUGCUACGCAGCUUGCAUGCCCGCUACGGCCCCAUCGUCUCCGUCUGUCUCGGGCGAACCUUCGUUUUCGUGGCCGACCACCACCUCACGCAUAGCGCCCUCGUCAAGGGCGGCGGCAACUUCGACACCCGCCCACCGCCCAGCAAGCUUUUUACCCUGUUUUUAGGGGGCUCCAUGUCCGCCUCUCCCCUUGGGCCCUAUUUUCGUCUGGUCCGCCGCAACCUGCACUCCCAGGCGCUGCACCCGUCCCGCGUCAGGCUCUUGGCGCCGGUCAGGCAGCGCGUGUGCGACGCGCUCGUUGGCUCGCUGCGCCGCGAUCGCGAUGCAGCGUCCCAGGGCAUUGUUACGGUGAGGCCGUUGAUGGCGCGCUGUUUGUUCGAUCUGCUCACGAGCAUGACAUUCGGCGUCACGCUUGGCCAAGAGGCGCUGGACGAGAUGCAACAGAUGCAGCUCCAGAUUUCCGACGGCAUCAGCAGGUUCCCCGUCUUAUCCAUCUUCCAGCCCAUCACCAAGAGGCUACUGCGGAAGGAGUGGGCGCUGAACGUGGCGCUACGGGAGAGGCAGAAGGGGCUGAUGCUGCCGCUGAUCCACGCGCGCCGCGGCCACGAUGGCGCUCAAUGCUACGCCGACUCCCUCCUCGAGCUGCGUGUGGCAGAAGAAGGCGGUCGCCCGCUCACGGACGACGAGAUGGUAAGCCUCUGCUCCGAGUUCAUGAUUGCCUCAACCGACACUUCAGUGGCCUUGCUGGAGUGGAUCAUGGCGGACCUCGUAAACCACCCCGACGUCCAAGCCAAGUUGUACGAGGAGGUGAGGGGCAAGCCUGAGCUCAGCGAGGAGGAGCUGAGCGGGAUGCCAUACCUCAAAGCCAUCGUGCUGGAGGCGCUGCGGCUGCACCCUACGGCACACUUAGUCUUCCCGCACGGCGUGCAGAGCGACACAGAGAUUGGUGGAUACAUGGUGCCCAAGGGCGUCGACAUCAACUUCUUGGUGUCCGACUUUGGGCUUGACGAGACCGUGUGGCCGGCGGCGCGGGAGUUCCGGCCUGAGCGGUUCUUGCACGACCACGGCGUGGACAUCACGUGUACCAAGGAGAUCAAGAUGGCUCCUUUUGGUGCCGGUCGAAGGAUGUGCCCGGGCUACGUGCUCGCCACACUGCAUGCGGAGUACUUCGUGGGCAGCCUCGUGAGGGAGUUCCAAUGGCUGCCGCCAGGUGGACAAGACACUGUCGACAUGACGGAGGAGCUAGCUAUGGCCAUCAACAUGAAGCACCCGCUCCGUGCUCGCAUCAUCCCAAGGGCUUAAUUAUUGGAUACUCGAUCAGGACGACAUGAUAAUAAGAAACCACCUCCUAGUCCUCUUAAUUUCGUCGCAUCAUGUGUUUUUUUUGUCUAUGUUUCAGUAUACUGUAGCUUUUCAGCCUGUGUAUGGCAACAGUCUGAAACUCGUCAGGUUAGAUUUGGUCAAUUCUGUUUGGGUAAGUUAUUACUUGUCCUAGUCGUUGCCUGUAACGCUAGGACCGAGUCCAUUGGCUCCACGUUCUGCCGGAUCAUGGGGAUCGAGCACAUUUGCUUGUAAUAAUAAAUAAAAGAAUAAAAGGGGAGAAAGAAACCAGAAAAGCUGUGACGAUUUAAGCAGCA